AUGUUCGACCCAGCAGACUUAGAGCUCAUCAGGGGCAUCUCCCUCACGUACGAGCUGGAGAUUGUCCACGCCUCGUUCAACGUCAUGUGCCGCAGCCUGGACUUGCCCCUAAUUUGUGGAUCGCUCCACGACUUUGAACCAAGGCAGUUACGGCUUCUUGCGUGUACGCUAUUCAAUGGGCUUCUGUCGGCUUUGCCUGAGAACAGCCGUUUGAGGGCUUCCCUGAGCGUCCUCGCGUCUUCGAUGCUUCCAAGCUCCGACGCUCUGGGCUCCGACGCCAUGGAUCGCAUUAUACUGCUCAUCGAGACAGCAAUUCAUUCCCCAAAUACAAUGCUGGUCUGGGACCUCGUACUUCGGGAAAUUUCCCUCCUCACGGGGUUCGCUCCCUCCCAGCCCAUCGACCCUCGAUCAACCGCAAAGGAUGGCGGAUCGGAGCAAAGAAUAAAGCGAAUCCGAGAACAUGUCCAGAGAGAGACCUUCAAAGAGAUACAAGGAUGCACAUUCUUGGGUGUGGGAGGAUUCUUUGAGAAGUUCUUUGAAGGGAAAGACUGGACGGAGGAUGUUCGAAAGGUUUACGGAUUACUCAAGAAACAGCAUGUCAACAACAUGUGGGCUUUCUUCCGCGCAUCGCCGAGCAUAUCCGAGAUGAUGAGAUGGCUAGACUUUCUGCAAGACCAUAUUCUCAAAGUGCAGCAUCGUAACUUUUGGGAGGUGAAUCUUCCGAGCGAGCUGACUGAAGGCAUCACAGGAGGCCGGCUCGAUCUAUGCGUCAAAGGAAAGCCGGAAGAGCCGCCUCUGACCACGAGCGAAUGGGAAGAUAUUCUAGUCAUUGGCCAAUUAACGACCGAGGGUGCUCUCAAGAAGCGGCUGGUGCAGCUCGCCUGCUACGCCCGACAUCUGUUUGACUACCAACCGACUCGCCGAUAUCUUCACGCAUUCACCAUCUGUGGGAGUAUGCUGGAGCCAUGGGUGUUUGACCGCUCGGGAUGCUAUAGCCCAGGCGCGUUCAAUAUCCACCAACACCCAGAACGAUUCAUUCGGGUAAUGGCAGGGUAUAUCAUGAUGAGUGGAGAUGACCUGGGUCUCGACACAUUUGUACAGCGAGAGGGGCGUUCCCGCUUCAUAGACGUCGUGGGCCCAGAGGGUGACAAGAAGAAGCUAUACUUGUCUCCGGCCCUCCUCGACCAUCGGCCUACCAUUGUAUCCUGCGCUACAUCGUGCUUCCUUGGGAAGCACGCAGACUCCAAUGCCCACGACCAUGUCAUCAAGUUUUCGUGGCCACAAUAUCACGAGAAGAAUGAAGCGGCUAUUCUCCAACUAGCCCAGGAAAGGGGUGUCCAAGGCAUUGUCCGAUUGGUCACUCACUCCGAGAUCACGACUAUCAAUGAGAUGCGCAGAGGCAUGACGUUUGGAAGAUGUUGCAAUUUUGAUGAUACCGCCAGCGUCAUGCCAAGGCCUUCGCAACCGCUGCUGGCAUCUCAGCCUUUGACCAGCAAGAGCACUGGAACAUCAGAAAGUUCAACAAGCGAAUCGAAGAAGCGCGGCUCAACCGAAGGAGUCUUGAAUCGUCAACGACUUGAGGACAACAGUCAAUUGCCAGGCCAGAAGAAAGAACUCACGCUCAAGGGAAAACGGGGGAUCAACCGAGACAUUAUCAGUCAAUGGUUCUGGCAACACCGCAUCUUCCGCUGUGUGGAGAUGGACAAGGGGCCGGUCAAAGCACGGAAUCGUGUGGGCACGAAGGAGUUUAUGGCCAUUCGUGCGCUGCGUAGUAUUGAGCACACUUACCGGCAGGAUCUCGAGUCGUUCUUCUAUGUUUUACUCUGGCAACUCAUCGCACGCGGGUGGGAUUUUGUGGGUAGAAAGAACCCCGUUGUUCUCAGUGAGCUGCACGGUUGGCUUGCUGCCAGUUCUUUCGAGCAUCUUGCGAGGAACAAGCAAGCCAAUAUGGACAAGCACUGUUUCGAAUCGGUCCUGGCAGAGUUUCCGGUCGAGUUUGAGCGUCUCAAGCCGUUCUGCCGCACCCUGCGAUCUAUCUUGUUCCCGAUGAAGGACGGUGCCAUGUUUACUGGGACACCGUUUGAUUCAAACACUUUGUACGGAGAGAUUCUGGAGGCUUUUGACGAGAUUAUUGCUAAAGGACAGAGAGACUGA